AUGAGUUUUAUUUACUAAUUUACUCUUAUAAUUGUAUAAUUUCUACUUGUUAUUGAUUUUGGUUAUUGUUAUUUCAUUUAGUUAGUAUUUGAAUCGUGUCGAACAUCAUGGUAGAAGUUUAAGAGAGAUAUCAUUUAAUCCUCGUUGACUUCGUUGUGGCAAUGUCGAUCGUUAAUCAUGGCUUCAAAAAAAGUAUUGACUAAAUGCAAAUUUGAAGAAGGCGAAAAAGUACUGUGCUACGAGCCAGACCCUGCGAAAACUAAAGUCCUUUAUGAUUCUAAAGUUUUAAAAGUAGUACCCGAAAAAGAUGAACAAGGCCGCAAAUUCUGCAAAUUUCUCAUUCAUUUUCAAGGAUGGAAUUCCACAUGGGAUCGAUAUGUAACUGAUGAGUUCAUAUUGAAAGAUACAGAAGAAAAUCGCAAGCUUCAAAAAGAACUAGCUGAAGAAGCUCAACUUACGCCUGGUGGGAAUUUAUACAGAAAAGAACGAAAGAAAAGAGUAGUUAAACCAGAACCAAAACCAGUAGUAAUAGAGCCAGCCACAAUUCCUAUAGAUGAUAAGUCUAUGGUGGAAGACGAAAAUGUACCAGUACCUAUUGAUACAAUAUUAUUACCCAAAAGAAGGCUACCAGACCUUGAAUUUCCAGAUAAUUUAAAAUACCAUACUGGUUAUAAUUGUUAUUUAGCACACGAAAAGAAUACAUUGGUGCAGUUACCUUGUCAACCUAAUGUAGUUACAUUGCUUGAAAGUUACCUUAGGUAUUUAGCAAGAAAUAACUUCAGUGACAAUAAAGCAACAAAAAAAAAACGUCAACCUGAAGUACUUGACAAAAAACAACUAGAAAAACGUUACAUCAUUUGUGUAGAAGUAUUAGAUGGUCUGAGAAUUUGUUUUAACACUUUCUUAUUCAGAAAAUUGUUGGUAAAUGAAGAUGAACAAGCUCAAUAUUAUGAAGCGUUAAAAGUGACUCUUCAACCACCUGUUAACAAUAUUAUUUCUCAAAAUGGUGAACAAGACUAUAAUAAUGUACAAAAUGGUGAAGAAUUGGAUAGCCACGAAAACAAAAAUAAUGUUAAAGUUAAACGGGAAAAUACACGAAGUUCAACCAGUCAAUAUGCUAGCUCUCAACAAACUUGUUCAGAUUGCAGUUUAACAAAACCUCAAUGUUCAAAAAUUGUAAAAGAUAUGUUUGAAAAAGCACGUGAUGAGUAUGUAUCAAAAGCAGACUCAUGGAAAGCUGUCCCUGACAGUGUGUAUGAUGAAGAAAUAAAACAACCGGCUGUUAUAUAUGGUGUAUACCAUCUUUUAAGGCUUUUGGAAAAUUUACCAAAAAUAUUGGCUAAAACUGAAGUGGAUGGUGAAAAACUUUCAAUUGUAUAUUCAUACAGUAACGGAUUGCUAAAAUACCUCUCAACUCAAACUCAUUUGUUUGGAAUGCAGUAUUAUGUGAAAAACGAGAUGGAUGUUACAGUAAAAUCAAGUGCUUCGAUUCGAAAUCAUCGAAAUCAAAAGAAUAUUUAAGUUUUUUUAAGACAUCCUUUACAUCUAAACAUUGCAUACCUAUAUAUAUAUAUAUUUAUAUAUAAAUGUACAGAUAUCGAAUAUGUUAAAUAACUGUAAGUUAUUUAUGAAAAUAAUAAGUUAAAGUAUUUUAACUUAUCUCUUUACCAACAACUAUUAUUCAGAAAUUUUAUAACUUUCGAC